AUGCCUCCCGAACAAGGCCCUUCCCUAGUCAAACCCCCUCCCGCUCGCAAAGGAUCUAUACCAAAGCCACGGAAAGGAACACAAUCUCCCACAUCUCCCUCUCUGUCCUCAUAUGACGCCCCAUCAGACAAAACAUAUGUGAAAACCAAACUCCGAAGCCGCAAACUCGACCCGGCAGGAUACGCUAAAAUCCUAGAACAACUUUCCUCCUCCUCCUCUUCCUCUCCUGUUUCCCCCUCUUCAUCAUUAAAUCACCCGCAAAAGAUAGCAUCUUCGUCACAACCCGAGCCACCUCCCCGCAGUUCCAGUUCUUUCUGCUUCACUACCAUCCGGAAAUCAGCUCUUCGCUGGGGUAGUUAUGGCCUGCUUGCAGCAGGCGGACUUCUCUUAUUCUCCGAACACGUCGUGCAGGUGAUGUGGGUGAACGGGACGUCAAUGAAACCCUACUUGAAUGAGGGAUAUGAAGAGACGCAUUUAGUCAAGGAUAUGAUGUUGGUGAAGAAGUGGAAUCCGGCGAGGGACCUGAGGAGGGGGAUGGUCAUUACAUUCCCCUCCUACCUCAACCCAUCCCAACCCGCCGUAAAACGCAUAGUAGCCCUUCCAGGCGAUCGCGUUGUUCCGCGCUCUCAUAAUGAGGAUGGCUCACAGAUCGUCCCCUGGAACCAUGUGUGGGUCGAAGGGGAUAUGGACGAUCCAAAGAAGACGAUGGAUAGUAAUACGUAUGGCCCCGUGUCGAUGACUUUGAUUUCGGGGCGGGUAAUGUGUGUGCUUUGGCCGCAGCUGAGGAUGUUGAGGUGGGAGGAUUGGGCGCGGAAAGGCGGGGAGGGCGCGGGGAAGCGGCCGAGGGUUCAGGAGAAUGCGGUCGCAAUUGAGAAGCCAUAUGACGGGGAGUGA